CGGCAAGCGAGUUGAGACGUUGGGGGAACAAACUCCACCCUCACCCAUGGAGCCGAAAGGAGGAAGGGGAUGAUACGAGCUAAGAUAGCCCGACAUUGCCAUGGCCACAAGUCAGGAUUCUGCCUCAAUGCAUUUACCAGAACCUGACAAUCAGAUUUGAUAGAUGUAGGGCAAGGAUCCUGAGCCGCCAGAAUCACUGCAUUCAACAAAGCAUAAGCUUCCGCCUGUAUCGGACUGGAACAAAGAAAUCUCUCAACCUUGCCGUCAUACACCUGACCAUGAGAAUUAGCAAUAGUAAUCAUCCCAUAAGCCGCCACCUGUGAAACAGAAACAAAAGAGCCAUCACAGUGCACAAACUUCAAGAUUGUGUCAGGCGGUGGUGAGGGGUGUGAACGGGAUCCCCUAGGUUGAGGAGGCUCCAACGCUGACCGGUAAGAAGAUGAAGCGCGGGAGCAACUUCUGACUUCGACCAAGCUUAAGAAAUCACGAUCAGCCAAGGUAGCCGUAGUGGGGCGGGGAAAUAGCCCUCUGCUCAAAGAUAAGACCAUUUCGAGCAAUCCAGAUAUUCCAAAGGCAACAAACGAUCCUUUUAAUAAUCUCCUCCGAGCAACUCUCUUUCAGGGAAAUGGAGAUUGAGGAAGUGAGCAGCUGCGGCGAGGCACUGCCUCUGCUUUCACUCAAUCAUGUGUCCCUGCUUUGCCGAUCGGUGUUGGAUUCCGCCAGGUUUUACGAGGAGGUUUUGGGCUUUGUCCUAAUUAAGCGCCCUUCUUCUUUCAACUUCACCGGAGCAUGGUUAUACAAUUAUGGAAUAGGAAUACAUUUGAUCGAGAACCCAUCGCUCGAUGAGUUUGAGCCCAUCGUGGAACCGCGACCAAUCAACCCCAAAGACAACCACAUUUCUUUUCAAUCUGCGGAUGUUGUGCUGGUGAAGAGGAGAUUGGAGGAGAUGGGGAUGAGGUACGUGACAGCUGUGGUGGAAGAAGAAGGGAUAAAAGUGGAUCAAGUGUUCUUCCACGACCCAGAUGGUUAUAUGGUAGAAAUCUGCAACUGUGACAAAAUUCCCGUUCUGCCCCUCUCUUCUUCAUUCAAGCCCUACGAGACUACCGCAAGUUUCAGAAAAUCAGCGGCGCCGGCCAAGUGUGGGGUGUUGUUUAUGGAGAAUGAGAUGAUGGAAAGUUUGAGCAUGGACAUCCUCAAUCUUGUGUUUUAAUUAUCCCUUUUAUUGCCUUCCUAUGUCACCUUUUUUUUUUUCUUUUUCACUUUUGUAUCUUUUUCUGGUUUGUGUUGAAGUAUAAUUUCAUAUUUUCCUUUCUAAAGGUGAAAGUAUCUACGUCUUCUUUUAUAUAUAUGAACAGGUGGAUGUUGGAUAAAUAUUAGAGCUUAAAAUCAAGAAAGAGGAUAUAAACAGUACAUGAAAACAAGGGUUAUUGAUCUGGCUGAGUCACGAACAAGGUGUAGAGAUCAAGUUAUAAACUUGAGGUCUUACUACUCUACUACACGUAAUCAAAUGAAGUAUACCUUAAUUAGGUG